AGAAAGUUCUCCGCUAGAUGUCGUAUAAGCGCCCGAAUAAUCAGCAAAACUAAUGGAGGAUUUUUGAGAUGGGGAAACUGUUCAUCGAUGUUGCUGAUGUAUAUGGACGUAUCGAGAGCUUUACAGCUCUUUCUGUGUGUUAAUUUUUCUUCGUUGAAAGUGAAGACGCAACAAUGAAGUGCGUAAAAUGUGGUCUGUUCCUGAAAAGUGUGGCGCACAGAAUGUCUCACAGGCGUCAUCAUUUUCAAGCCAGGCCGUUUCAGUGUCAUAAGGAUCGCUGCUUGAAGACAUUCGCCACCAUGGCCCAGCUGCAGGCUCAUAGACGUACCCAUGUUGACCGCCGCAUUUACACAUGCCGUUACUGCCACAACUGGUUCCUCAGUCGAUCUCACCGCGAGUGCCAUCGUUGUCGAUUUGGUCAGCCACCUAAGCACAGGUGUCCAGAGUGCACAGCAGAAUUUCACCAGCUGUUGUCACUGUCACACCACAUCAGGAAAUCUCACCAGGCAGCCAGGAUUAAAUCUAAGAGCCAAAAUCAGCAUGACUUGAGAGUUGGAAAGGUCUUGCUGAAAAUAUCUGCUGGAAAAAGCUUAACUAUACUCUCAGAUCAUGAAUCCAGUAAGCGAACGAAAGUUAAACUUAAAAGGAAACGAAAGAAAAGCUUCAAGCCAAAAAAUUCCGGAAGUAUUAUUUUGUCCAUCAAAAAAGGAAUGGUGUCUAUACCCCAAGAAUUGACACCCAGCAAGUUUGAAAAAUCAAAAGGUACAACAGAAUAUGAUUGUGUUCCAGCACCCAGCUUUAAAGUACAGAGUCAAAGUGGGGAAUUGAAAUUAAGGAUAAAAACAAAUAUUCCAGAAAAUAGUGUCAAAGAUACCGAUUAUAUGAACACAAACAAUUUUUCAUCUGGGCAGAUUACAGGUAAAACAGACAGCGAUGAAAACAGUGAUAGCCCAAGUAAAAUCAGAAACGGAAUAAUAAUUGUGAAAGACAAAAAGGGUAAACUGUGUGCGGAGCAGUUAGCACCCAGUCCGUACAAAAGAAAACACGGAGAAAAUGUGUUUGAUAGCUUGAAAGAUGUCGGUAUCUGGAAAGUUAUGCAAAGUCCUCGACCAGACGGCGGCAGUGAAGUUCUUAAACUGAAGUUGUCCCCGCAAAAACCAAUACGUGUUAUAGACAGCAGUCUGGAGGAUGUUCAGGCACAUUGCACAAAAUACCUGGGUAUUGCUACAAAGUCUAAUAUUGAACAGCCUUCUGAUGGGGGAUUGCUUGACUUGUUACCUACGUAUUCAAAGGAACUGGAUUCUGUGAGUAACGUCAAUGAUUCAGGGAUUGAAACUGAAGUGCUAAGCAGUUCGUCCUGCAAUAGAAGUAACGGAAAUUCAGUGCGAUCAGUGGCGUUAGAAGACAAUUCCCCGACAUACUUUAACACUGAUGGGGAUUCACUGUUAUCUCCUGAUUCUCCAUACAUGGAGAAUUUCAACAAAGCUGAGCACAACAUUUGUUCAAGGUGUGGGGGAAAUGUUUUAGAAACAAACAAUAAUACUCGAUCACCCAGGAAAUGCAAGUGCAGCUUUUCAAAUCCCAAUUCUCCAUUUCAGACUCCUGUUUCUCCAGUUAAGGUUUCAGAUAUGAACAAAGUGCAAGACAUAACAGCAGCACCUGUUAUGUCAGAUAAUCCGAACAGCUCUGUGUCAUUGAACUGUGACAUCAAAGAAAAUGAGAAAAGUGGAGCUAGUUAUGACACUGCAACAGAAUUGGUUGACAAUAGUGUUAAUGAGACUAAUGAUGAUAAUGACAGUGACAUAAUUGUCAUGGACAUCAAUGGGAAAAAUCGUAAUCGCGUAAAUUCAGAAUUCAAAGGCAGGCUUAGACUGAAACUAAGAUCUGAUAAAAGUUCAAAGGGCAAACAAAACCAAUCUGUUGCUGAUACUAAAACUAGCCCUAAAAGCAAUUCUACAGGUGUCGAGCAUAAAAACCAAAAAUCAAGUCGGAGAAAGGUAGAGCUUGGGUCACAAAACAGUCCAAUAGUUUUGGAUGAUGUCAAAAUUGACAAGGAAUGUAAAGGCGAUAGGACAAGUGAAAUAGAAAAUGUUGGUCCUAUUAACAAACUGUCACGAAAAAGACCUUUAUUUAAGAGAAAAAGUCAAAACAUUGAACCUGAAGACAGUUCUGUUGAAAAGAAAGAAAUGCCCAUGGAACAUAUUUCUCAGGUUAUUAUUAAUGAUAAAGAGGUUAUUAAUGGUGAUUCUAAGAGCAAAAAGCCUUUGUUUAAGAAGAAACAAUCUGUUGAAAAUUGCAAAGAACAGCCAAUUAACAAGAAACCCUUGUUCAAGAAGCAAAUUUCUGUAGAUGCUUUGAAAGAAAAAUCUGCUGAGAUUGUUUUGAAAUGUGUUGAUGUUGAUGAUUCAGAAAAAGAUAAAUCAAUAAAUAGUGGUAAUAAAUGUCAUGACAAACCUGAAGACCAGAAAGAACUUAUCCAGUUGAAAACAGUUGAUGUUGAACAUGAUGAAGAUAGCUUGCAACAUUGGGAUGAAAACAUAAUAAAUUUAAUGUGUGAAAAAGAAUCAAAGAAAACCAAAGCAAUUGUGCAAUUAAAAGACACUCAGAAAUCAGACGUUUCCAAUACGUCACUGAAUCCCUUCCAACAGCAGUUCUUGUCAUUCUUGUCAAGCAAUAUAACAGAGAUCAAAAAGGAACGCCUAAACCCUGGUACUCAGAAAAAGUGUACUUCAAUUGAAAAUAAACAAGAAAAAUGUCUUGCUGAUAAUAAUGAAACAGAAAUAACAGAAGAGUUGAGGUCUAAAGACAAAAUAAAUGAAGAAAUAGCAAAAGCAGAUACCCAUGAUCUUAGUAGUAAUGCUGUUUUAAAGGUUCAUGAUCAAAAAGAAACAAAAGUAGAGGGAACACCUGACAGUUUUUCAUGGUUGAACAUCUUCUCUGGCAGUAAGCAAGAUGAUGCGGCAUGCAAAAGGAAUGCAAAUGAAGGCGCCCAUGAUGUUAUGGCUAGUUUGAGUCUGGAUUUGGCUGCAAUUAAUGAGAAAAUGGACGUAAGCAAUGAUGACGAUGAUAAUUUGUUGGAUAUGGACGAUGUGUUUAAAUCUGAUAAACUUUCUACCCUACAGCCAAAGGAGUUUGUAAUAGAACCACAAGUGCCUCGUAAAGAGAAUGUAUCGUCUCAUCUACGAAAGCGACAAACUGCAAAGCGAACUAUCGGAAAAUUCAAACCAGGGAGACAAAUAAAAAAGAAGGUUGAGUUGGACUUUACAUAUAGUGAGAGUUCCUCAGAUGAGGAAAUGUUGAGGAAUAAGUCUGAAAAGUCUGACCCAGAUUUCUGUUUACAUGAUUCUGAGGAUGAAUUUGAAACACUUCCACCACGCAAAAAGCGCACAUUAUCUACUCGCACUUGCUCAAAAUCUAAGAAAUAUGACAUCUCUUCAGACUCAGAUCAUAAUGAAAGUUCUGGGAAUGAUCAGAGCGAUAACGAUUCCAUUUCUUCUAGAAAUCAGAGAACAAAGGGAAAUAAACUGAGUUGCUGUUCUUGUUGCAAAAAUGACUGCGAUCACAUGAGCGACCAUGAUAAGAAUUCGUACAAACUGCCAAGGGAUUACAGACAAUUCAUAAAAUGUACAGUGCGGUUGUUAGACGUCCAGAAGAAAUUGCACCGCCUGUUUUUGGCAUUGUUCCCAGACUGUGCUGAAAUGAUAAGCAGUUGUAAGGUAGGGACAGCAGAAUUUGACUCGCUUAUGGACGAAGUCUUAGGUGGAUUGGACGAUUAUGAUAGUGAUCCUGAAUACCACAGGAUGGCAAGUGACUCAAGGCCAAAGUAUUUACAGGAUGAAACUUGUCGGAUUAAUAAUAUUGGAAUGUCAUUUACAAGCCCCAAUUCUGUCACUAGAACGAGUGAAAUUGACUCUGUUGCUAGUGAUGACAAACUGUGUAGAACUCCUGUGAGUAGUGAAUCUUCGCCUUUUUAUCUGUGCAGUGAAAAAAGCUAUGUGCCAUACAUGACAGCUCCGUCAAGUACGAGCUUAAAGUUUGAAAACAACACGCUUGCAAGUAAUGAUGAUAGUGUUGGCAUACCUAGCCCUAGCAAAGAUAGUCAAUCAUGCACUGUUUCACACUCGUGUUCUGUAACUUUCAAUUCUGGGCAAGUCGCUACAUCGCAGUUACUGCUUCAGGUGGCUACAUCUGCAAGUCAAAAUCUCUCUCAUGAAUCAUAUAAUUACAAGGAUUCUUCCAGGGUUCUUGUUGAACCAAUUAAUAAUUUCUUGGUGACUACCCCUGAUCAAAACACCAACCAUCAGGUAUCAGACAUCCCAUUUGUAAACCCUGCCUCAAGUGGGAGCCAGAUUUUGUGUGGAGAGAAUUGUGCAGAAUUGACAUCCAUUCCCAUAGUGAACAUAACUAUAGAUCUCAAUGCUGCCCAUGUGGCAUUGUGCAGCAAUCCUAGGCACUGCCUUCAGACUUUACAUGAUAAAACCAUCAAGUUAAUAAAGAUGUUGUUACCCAGUAUAGACUUUAAAAGUAACUUUUUCAAAAAUCUUGACAAUUUGGAAUUCCUUAUUGAUCUUCUGAUAGACUCGAACAAAGGACGGGAGGUGAAUAUUGAAGCUGACCUAAAGUGUGAAUCUCUAGUCCAAUCGUUUGCGCAUGCUUUCGACAGCAAUGUUGAAAAAUCUGUGUUGAUACCAGCAGAUGACAGUGUGCUGGUAAUACCAAUAAUUUCGAAUGAUCUCUUUAAGCAGCAAAUCAAAUCUCAGAGGGAGUCCUUGAAAAGGGACCUUGAUGUCAUAGAAGAGGAAGGCCAGAAUGAUGACAAUUCGUGGAAGAGUUCAAACGAUAUUUGGCAUAGCUUAGUUUCCCUUAACAACAUGGCGCGCAGUUCUCAGUCGCCCAAGAGACGAUCUCGAGAUAGCAGACUUCGCAAGCGCAGUGCUGACGAAAAGCGUACAUUAUUUGUUCAGGAAAAACUUAACAAUAAUCAGAACUCUACUUUUGUGUGCCAUAUGCAUGAUAAUGUAAACAAGAGUAUUGAACAAACAAAGAAAAACCCUCGUGGUCAAAGGGGUCGUAGAAAUUCAAAAGAGCGAUUCUUUUCAGAACUUGAUCUAGGAAAUCCAUCCGCUAGUGCUAUAACAACUCCAGUUAGUGCUGUCCCAGAUGAGAAAGGAUCGUUUGAAAAUUCAUUUGCUGCGUUUCUCAAUCGUGACAACUUUGGUUGCGGAAAUACUGACUCCAGGCAGAGAGAGGACAUGUCUUCGAAAUCCACUGUUGAAAAAAAUAUUUUUGAGUUAAUACAAUCGGUGUAGAGCUUUUUUCGAGUAUAAAGUGUUGUUUAUUUUCCAUGUCGAAAAGUGUGGCAGCAUUGUCUGUUUAGUUUGUCAUAGCCAUUGAUCAUGUCUUACAAAAGUUUAACUAAGUGACAUUGAUAAUUAUGUGUGAAUACUGAAAAAAAACUGUAUAAUCCUUUCUUUUGUAUGGGAUUUAUUAAUUUCAUUUUGAUAUGCACCAACAGAUUUUUGUGAAACAAAUCGGGUUUUUUUCUUUUUUUAUUUCAAAUAUUCAUUACUCUGUGUUUUUGGUAAGGUGGGACAAAUGACUCACAGCUUACAAACAUCUUCACUUUGGAAAACUAUGUGAAUACCCUUUAAUAUUUAAAAACUCAAUUGCAUAAUGUGACUUAUUUGCUACGUGUAAGAUUGUUGUACUAUAUUUAAAUCAGAAAGCAGAUAUAAAUUGGAAUUUAAUUUGUCCUCCUACACUUAAAGAGAUUUGAUAUUCCUCGCCUUGUUAUGCACAUUUUUAGCAAUGCUUCCAACACAUUUUUGUAAGCCAAUACAAUUGCUUCUGGACCCAAUUGUAUGCAACAUUUGUAAAACCAAUUUGUAAAACCAAUACAAUAAAAUGGACAUUGUGCAGCCUUGCUAAAACAUAGAAUUAUUUGCUUGUCCAAAGACUUCAGAUCACAUAAAUCUUGUAGUUUAGUUUAAGAAACUUUCUGUUGUAAGUAAUAUUUGUAAAUGUUCAACUAAUAAAUCCUGACUUACUUUUUGGCAGAAUAUUGAUUGGGAAUGUUAAAUUUGUUAUAAAAAUGAGAAUUAUGUAUGCGUCAAUUUUGAUGCCCCCGGAUCGAAAGAUCGGGGGUAUAUUGUUUUUGGCCUGUCUUUCUGUCAGUAAGUUAGUCAGUCAUUCAUUCAUUGUAUGUGUCCCAAAACUUUAACCUUGGUUUUAACUUUUGCAUUAUUGAAGAUAGCAACUUGAUAUUUGGCAUGCAUGUGUAUCUCAUGGAGUACACAGUUUGAGUGGUGAAAGGUCAAGGUCAUCCUUCAUGGUCAAAGGUCAUCCUUCAAGGUAAAAUGUCAAAUAUAUGGCUUCAAAGCGGUGCAGUAGGGGGCAUUGUGUUUCUGACAAACACAUCUCUUGUUGCUUAAAGUCAAUGCUAUAAUUUAUUUAUUAUACUUCGGUAAUUUCAUGACAAAUCAACAGCAUAAAAAAAUAAACCACAUGAACUAAACGACUUAAGUUCUUGGUUACAAGACAUUCUCAUGCUCCAAUUAAAACACUGUGUCAUCUGAAAAUAUUGACUAAUGUGAAUGCUUGUUACAUUUUAACUUUAAUUAUGACUGCUUUACAGCCAAAUAUUAAGGGUCAGUUUAAUCUGUUAUGAAGGGUCUAGAUGUAAGUGCUGAGCCAUGAUAAAUCCCUCUUUUAUUAAACAAGUUGAAGAAAUUUUGUUUGGCUAGGGAAGGAUUUUGGAUAACAAAAGACAUAGGGUGCUGCCAUAAAGUGGCCUUGUGGUUAGCCAUACAAGUCAGGUGUCAUCGUCUGAUGAUCCUCGUAACCUUUACUCCUUAGAUGUGUAUUUUUAUGCAUUUGUAGUCCCUAUGAAAGUUAAAUGUAAUUCAAGACCUUUCUUACUAGAUUCAAGUUUUAAAGGCUUCAUUUCCAAUCCUAAGAUACUGAUGAGCAGCAAACAGCAUAAAACCUAAACAGACUACGAGUUACUUGCAGGCUGUUCUGGUUUUAUGCUGUUUGCUGAUAGCCAUUUUCACUUAGCUUCUGAGUGGCAAAUUAGUUUCUUGUACACAUUUAGACCUUUUACCAAAGUAAUUUCAUGUGCCCUUAAUUUUUUGCAAAAAUAUUUAUCUUCAAGAUUUACACCUUUUUUGUGUGACAAGUACUGUACAGAGGUGCAGCAAGUAUUACAAUUCAUUUAAAAAAUGCUUGGUGCAGCACCCUGUCUUUUGUUCUCUGAAAGAUUUAUUGACUUCUGCAUACUACAUAGUAUUUAUUACCUUUUGAAAUGACCUUUGGCUUAGCGUAGUUACAUGUUCUUUUAUGCAUUUAUAAAUUAAUAUGUUGUUGUUUUCCUUGUAUUGUGAUUAAUUGUUUCUACUUAUCACAAUUUUGUUAAUUUUGCUUCAAGUGUGAUGACAAGGAUUUGUAGUUUGUGAAAUGAAGUGAACCAGGAUUCUUGUUAAGUUUUUGUUUAUAAAACUAAGGGAGGCUAUCAGGCAUUCACUGUGUUGAACAAUUAGAUAGUGUUCUCCCUUUGUAAGAAAUGGCAACUACAUUGUACCCCAUUUAUUGGAAAAAAACGUUUAUUAACGAAUAAGCUGCUCAUCUACACACUAUGUACAAUACUUUCCCGAUUUGAAUCGCAUAUGUAACCUUGUUGAAUGUGCCAAUUUAAUUGCAUCAUUAAUUAGUAUAACAAACACGUUAUGGACAGGAAGAUGUAAAUUUAUCAGCAAACAAAUCACAUACACAGGUUGCAUUAAUUGUAGGCAAAUAUUGUAAUACAACUCAGAUUGAAUUGUGGCAACUUUCAAAUUAAAAAUUGUUAUUUUAAAGCACUUCCAUAUAUAGUAUAUAUAAUUGAUUUGCAUUUUCGAUCAAUAGCAUGGAUAAGCUUAUAUCAUUAUAAAACUAUUUAACUUCAGGUAGCAGAAAUAUUCAACAAAUUCAUUUUUAUGCCUUAAACUUUAAAGUAUGGCUUAUUUUUAGGAACUAUAAGAUGCGUAGUCGAAUUGCAAUAUUGGAAGAGAACACAUGAUAUGAACACUUCAAUUUUGGCCUACAUUCUAGCUACAUAUUAGUUUGUUGAACAAUUUCACAGAAAUUGUCAUCUGUAUAAUGAAUCUACAUGUAUUAGUAACAGACCUGCCAUGUUAAACAUCUGCUGUUAUAAAUUGCUUAGAAAUGCUCCAUUUGAAAUAUGUGUGAUGUCAUUUCAUUCAUACCUUGAUGUCUUUUGCUUGUACAUAAUUAAAGUUAUUUUUAUUGUAAAUAAAAGUUAUAGAAUUUG